AUGGAGACCAACGGCAAAGGAGGUGUGACGCCCGGCACUCCUGCUGCUGAGUCAGAUGUAGACAAGAGGAGGGUUCAAGAAUUGAAGGCGAAAGGAAAAUUGUUUGGGAAAUCGGCGCUUGAAGUUAAGAGCAACGAAAGUGAACAAAGAAACGAUCAUGAGGAUGUGUCCGCAGAUGAUGAGACGGAUCUUCCCACGGCUCAAGUUCCUCGAAGCGAUAAUGCUGACACGGCUAGGGAACCAGGAACCGAGGGCACUACAAGCGGUGACUCCGGAACAACGAAAAGCGACCAAACAUCAGGCAACCAAGACAUGACAUCGGAUGCGACCAGUACUCCUAAGACAACGACCAUGGACCAAACAACAGGCGAAACAUCAGUCACAUCGAAUAGUGGCGUCCAGAAUAUCGUCACAACGAGAUCUUCAGCAUCAGCGAAGACUAGAGGAGGACAGACAGCAACGUUGACAACAUCCGGAUCGUCGGCUACCACAGAUAGUGUGGCUUAUUCUGAGAAACGAAGAGAUACACCUAUGUUCUCCAGUAGCUUGUCAUACAAGCCUAGUACAUCGAGUUCAUCGUCGGAAGGAGAUGAGUCAGUGCCUUCCUCAAAAUCUCGAUCGAAGAAGAAAAAAUCCAAAAAGAGCAAGUCGAAUAAAUCAGGUAUGAAGAGUGGCAAAGGUAAAUUGCGGACUUUCUUCAAGAAGAAGAAAACGAGUCAAACACCGGGGAGAAGAGAGAAGAGGGCGAAGCAUGAAGAGGCGCCACCGCCAGCAGUCGACGCUGAACAACCUGUUGGAGCAGCAACAGCAGCCACUGAACAGCUACAUGAUUCUUUACCGGAAAGAGUGGCUGCGUCUGGCAUGAUAGCCGAAGCGCCAGUUGCGGUAGCAACUCGUGACAAUAUAGCUGAAACUAACGAGAAUGCUGGAAUGGCUGUAAAAACCAGUGAUGGAAUGGCAGCACAGCUGAAUAUGGAUUCGCAACCGGGUAAUGCAUACGAUGCCACGGCAGGACUCCAAACUGCGGUUACUCACACACCCAAACGCACUCCUUCCCGUAGUCGUCGCCGCUCCUUGUCUCGAUCGGCUAGCCGACUUCAAAUUUCUCAGGGAUGCAAUCUCGUAACUCCUCUUUUUAUCCGUUCGUUCCAAAGCGUCCGCGUUGAACCGGAUACGGACGAGAUCUUGAUCACAACGAAUGUGGUGUUACAUUCGAGUGGCUUGACUGUUGAAGAAAGAAAAGCUGAAUUAGACAACUUGAUCCAGGUUCGACCGGCAGUGGUAAACGUGAAAACGAUGGAUGACGAUGGUUACCAAGAGGAAAAAACCACUCAAAAUGUGCUCAUCGGAAAAAGUAUGAUAGUGGUUGAGAGAAAGUCUACACUUCUGCGAAGCGAGCAAGACAGCGGUCUUCGUACAAAUGACACCCGUAGAUAUGAUCGCAUUUGUGAGGCUAAAAUGGGUCCUUCACCAGAUUUGGAUCCUAAAGCCGAAAAAGCUACUGGUAUCCUAAAUGUGAUCGCGGAAAAUGGGACAUCUAUGGAGGGUGAUAUCUAUCAUAAAACUGAGCGAAUUGUGUUCAUGAUUGGAGGUGUCGCCUUCUCGUUGAACGACAUUAAGACGCUACCAAGCCGUUGCGAACAAACUGCUUCGCAAAAAAGUAAUGUUAAGUUUGAUGAGCGAAUUUUUGCGGAUCAAAAUAGCAUUACAAUUGAUCGUGAUACUGUAAUCAGUGCCAAUGGUGGUGCACUGUGGGAAAUGCCAGACACAUUUUUCGUGGAAGAAAAACGUAGUUAUGACUAUCAGUCUACUUACUCAGAUGGUUCUCUAGUGUGGACGAAUGCAGUUCCACCACUAAAGGAAGAGGAAACUCAAAGGAGUGAUGCGAUUUUGACAAUUGAGCCAAACCUCGAUACUGCCAAGGAGCCAUCUGCGAGGAAACCGCUGCCAAAAGGAAUGACUACAGAUGAAUCAGGAAGAGAAGAAGUAUACAAGCCAAAAGAAUUGGGUUCCUUCCAUGAAGUCUUGACACGCGAGACAGAAGUUCAGAAAGACGAGAAGCCUAUCGCGUCUGCAGUCGUUGAGAAACACAAAGUAACCAUGUCCAGUAAGGAGGAUACAGAAUCCAGUAAAGGAAAGCUUGUGAGCACGGAAACUCGAAUUGCUACAAAAGACGGGACAUCCUCGAAGACUCGAAUCGUCAAGGAAAUAACUACUAUAGACAAGCUCUUUAUCGAGAAGGAGAGCAUAACAAGGAUAAAACGAGUCGGAAAGGAGGGAGAAGGUUCUCAGAAGCAGGUGCAGGAAAAACGCGAAUUUGUAAAAGAAGAGCGUGCUGUGGAAGAACCAGAGCAAUUCACAAAACCUGGUGAAUCUCUAGCAACAGCGAAGGAGAUAGAAAGGCCGAAAGUGACAGUCCAAGAGCAACAAGUAUCCACAACGGGAGAGCCGGAGAAGCAGCAGAGAGUUGUCAAAGAAACAAAUAUUUUCGAGAAGCAUGUGAGUGAAAAAGAGAUAAUAGAAUCAUUGACAACAGCGAAGGAGCCAGAUGGAACGAAAGUGGCAGUGCAAGAGCAACAAGUAUCCACAACGGGAGAGCCGAAGAAGCAACAGAGAGUUGUCAAAGAAACAAAUAUUUUCGAGAAGCAUGUGAGUGAAAAAGAGAUAAUAGAAUCAUUGACAACAGCGAAGGAGCCAGAUGGAACGAAAGUGGCAGUGCAAGAGCAACAAGUAUCCACAGCGCGAGAGCCGGAGAAGCAGCAGAGAGUUGCCAAAGAGACAAAUAUUUCUGAGAAGCAUGAAUCAUUGACAGCAGCGAAGGAGCCAGAUGGAACGAAAGUGGCAGUGCAAGAGCAACAAGUAUCCACAGCGCGAGAGCCGGAGAAGCAGCAGAGAGUUGUCAAAGAGACAAAUAUUUAUGAGAAGCAUGUCAGUGAAAAAGAGAUAAGAACCGAUAGUGCUGAGUCAAAACCUGCUAGUGUCGGACAUGUCAGUAGAGUUGAAGAAAGAACAGGCUCUGGGAUAAGAUCUGUUUCUAAGGAAACAAAAGUAAUAGAAAAGCAUAUAAUCGAGAAAGUCACAACGGAAGUGUACGAUUCUUCCGGCGAGCCGCGUUCCAAGAAAGUUAAAGAAGAAAAAAAAGAAGAAGUAUUGAGUACUGCGAAGGAGCCUGAAAAGAUUGAAAUACCAGAGAAGAAACCUAUCCUAGAGGAAAUAGUGUGGGAAAAGUGGAACAUUUGUCCUGCAGCAGUAGCUGAGAAAAUUGGAACGAGGAGAGACUGCGAAAGCAUGGAUUUAAUCCCUGUCGAUCAGAAGAUCCCACAAGAAGUGGAACUGAUUCCUAUUGAGGAAGAAGUAUUCGCCGAAAUAGUUAAAGAAGAACCUACACCGGCAAUCGAAACGAGGGAUCAGAAAGAGCCGGAAAUGAUCGAGCUGAUACCUAUCGAAGAAGAGAAAUACUGCGACACUGUAAAGACAGAGACAUCAUGUAGUUACGUCGAUCAGAAUCUUCAGAAUGGGCCGCGAAAGGCUGACUUAAUAUCCACUGAUGAAAAGGUAAUUAGUGAAUGCAUUAACCAAUCAUUAAUCACUGGUGAGCAGGUUCCUUUGAAUGUCCCACAAGCAGCGGAGCUAAUUCCUAUUGCUUAUAGUCAAAACCACGAUUACAUCUGUGUACAGUUACCACCUGAGGCCGAGCAGGUCCGCUUGAAAUCUCCACAAACUAUGGAUUUAAUACCUUAUGAAGGAUGCGAGAGUCGGGAAAUUGUACCAGAAUGUGUAAUUCCCGAAAUAGAACAGAGACCCAAAGUUGAAUUACAUGAGGUUCAUUUAAUACCUAUCGAUGACGAAGAAAUUCACGAGCGCGAUAAAGUGCAGUCACCAGUUGCAUGCGAGCAGAAACCUUUAAAAGAAAAGAGUACAGUCGAACUUAUACCCAUCGGGGAUGAAGAACUUUGUGAAGUCGUACAAGAAACACUACCGAACAUUGUUCAAGUAUGUGCAUUUGAAAAAGGGCCUCUAAAGGUUGACUUAAUAGCCAUUGAAGAGGAAGAGUUCUAUGAAAUUAUAAAAGGUGAAGAGCCACAGAUAACUGAAGGGCAUAAUAAUGAGCCGCAGAAAUCUGAUUUGAUACCUAUUGAAGAAGAAGAAGAAGUUUACAAGCCUGUUCAAGGAAUAAUGCCUACAGUUGACCAAAUCCCCACAAAAAAGCCGACUUCUGUCGACUUAAUUCCUGUGACGGACAAGGAAAUUGAAGACCACUACAGUAUCCGGUCGCCGGCGGCACGUGAGCAGAGACCUCCUGUAGAGCCGCAAGUGGUGGAGCUAAGACCUAUUGAUCAUCGAGAAAUAUCACAGUAUCUAUCAGAAACACAAGCAACAGUUGAGGAAAUUCCCCCGAAAGAACUUACAAAUGUCGAUUUGAUUCCUGUGGCGGACAAGGAAAUUGGAGACUACUACGAUACGCGGUCGCCGGCUGCACGUGAACAGAAACCUUCAGUAGAGCUGCAAGAGGUGGAGCUAACACCAUUUGACCAUCUAGAAAUUUCUGACUCUCUACCAGUUACACAGCCAACGAUUGAGCAAAUUGGUCCGAGACAACCUGAAGUCGUUGAUUUGAUUCUUGUGCCAGAGGAAGAAGUUGCUGAUCAAUACUAUGUGUACCCGUCGGCGGUACCAGAACAAAUAUGUUCGCGACAGCCGGAAGUAGUGGAGCUAAUGCCUAUUCCGGACGGAACAGUUUGUGAGGAGGUCCCAGUUGCACAGCCAGCAAUUGAGCAAGUCUGCCCGAAACAAUCUGAAGUAGUUGAAUUGAUUCUUGUGCCAGAGGAAGAAGUUAUUGACCAGUGCUGUGUGUACCCGUCGGCGGUACCCGAACAAAUAUAUUCACGGCAGCCGGAAGUAGUGGAGCUAAUGCCUAUUCCGGACGGGACAGUUUGUGAGGAGGUCCCAGUUGCACAGCCAACAGUUGAGCAAGUCUGUCCGAAACAAUCUGAAGUAGUUGAAUUGAUUCUUGUGCCAGAGGAAGAAGUUAUUGACCAGUGCUGUGUGUACCCGUCGGCGGUACCCGAACAAAUAUAUUCGCGACAGCCGGAAGCAGUGGAGCUAAUACCUAUUCCGGAUGAAACAGUUUGCGAGGAGGUCCCGGUUACAAAUCCAACAGUUGAGCAAAUCUCUUCGAAACAACCUGGAGUAGUUGAUUUAAUUGUUGUGCCAGAGGAAAAAGUUAUUGAUGAGUCCUCUGAGUACCCGUUUACGGUAGUCGAACUAAUAUAUAUGCGAAAACCGAAAGCAGUGGAGCUAAUACCUAUUCCGGAUGAAACAGUUUGCGAGGAGGUCCCGGUUACAAAUCCAACAGUUGAGGAAAUUUGUGUAAAACGCUCUGGAACAGUUGAUUCAAUUCUUGUGCCAGACAAAGAAGUUGUUGACCAGUACCAUGUAUGCCCGCCGGCGGUAUCCGAGCAAAUUUGUCCGAAACCACUUGAAAAACUUACUUUAAUCGAGGAGCCGUCAGUUCAAGUGGAAAAGCCCAAGGAUGUAUGUACGGCGAAGGAACCAGAAAAGACGGUGACGACCAUCAUAAAGGAAACGAAGAUCUUUGAGGCUCACAUCAUCGAAAGGCAGAUAACGGAAGUGGACAAUUCUUGUACGAAGACGCAAAACGAAAAGUCUGAACGCCUGAAAAAGGUUAAGACGAUCGAAGAAGAUCUUCGCACUGCAAAGGAGACCGAAAAGCCAACGCAAAUUGUUUCUGUCCGCGAAUCGACUAAAGAUUCCGCAAGCUCCGCGAACGAAUCAGUUUCUAAGGAAACAGUGAUCCGGGAAAAACAUGUUUUCGAGAAGAUCGUAAGGGAAGUGGAAGAUUCGGGACCGCCAAAGGAAGUGUUGAGUACUGCGAAGGAGGCUGAAAAAUCACAAAUAUCUUCUGAACACCUGAAAGAGGUUAAGAACAUCGAAGAAGAUGUUCACACUGCAAAGGAGAUCGAAAAGCCAACGCAAACUGUUUCCGUCUCCGAAUCGGGUAAAGAAUCCUUAAACACCGCGAGGCAAUCAGUUUCCAAGGAAACAAGGAUCGUGGAGAAACAUGUUUUCGAGAAGACUGUGAAGGUGAGCUCAAAGGCAUUGGGAUAUAAGUUCGGUGAACGUUUAAGCACCAGGGGGGAUGGACUUCCUGUUUCUGCUGAGUCAGGACUGAUGCAUGACAUACUUGUAUCCCGCACAGCCAAAAGCCUUCAAUCAAGUGACUGGGAGGUGCAAGGGAGGCGAGAAGAGUCUCCUGAUUCCGGAGGAAAGCCUGGUACGGUAGCGCCAGGAAGGACGGGGUUGCAGGAGUCAUAUAGGCUACCGAAACGGAAGAGGACUAGGAUCACGAUCUGUACUUAUAACGCACGUACGCUUGCAUCGGAAGCGGCCAUCGAAGAUCUGAUGAUGCAAGCCAAGAAGAUCAAGUACGACGUUAUCAGACUGACCGAGACGAGACGACGUCACCUGAGAAAUGAAGUUGUAGAAGAACUGUUCUUAGGAAAAAGAAAAAAAGAAAGAAAAAAAAGAGGUGUUGGUGGAGUUGGCGUCCUCGUCAACACGAGUAUGGCAAAAAACAUCGACUCUUUCAAAUAA